AUGAAGGAACUACCACCAUUAUGUGAAAUGAAGGAACUACAACUAUUAUGUGAGAUGAAGGAACUACCACCAUUGUGUGAAAUGAAGGAACUACAACCAUUAUGUGAGAUGAAGGAACUACCACCAUUGUGUGAGAUGAAGGAACUACAACCAUUAUGUGAGAUGAAGGAACUACCACCAUCGUGUGAAAUGAAGGACCUACAACCAUUAUGUGAGAUGAAGGAACUACCACCAUUGUCUGAGAUGAAGGAACUACAACCAUUAUGUGAGAUGAAGGAACUACCACCAUUAUGUGAAAUGAAGGAACUACAAUUAUUAUGUGAGAUGAAGGAACUACCACCAUUGUGUGAGAUGAAGGAACUACAACCAUUAUGUGAGAUGAAGGAACUACCACCAUUGUGUGAGAUGAAGGAACUACAACCAUUAUGUGAGAUGAAGGAACUACCACCAUCGUGUGAAAUGAAGGACCUACAACCAUUAUGUGAGAUGAAGGAACUACCACCAUUGUCUGAGAUGAAGGAACUACAACCAUUAUGUGAGAUGAAGGAACUACCACCAUCGUGUGAAAUGAAGGACCUACCACCAUUAUGUGAGAUGAAGGAACUAUACCACCAUUAUGUGAGAUGA